AUGUCGUCCGAACAAGGCCCAGACAUCGACCCCAUCAGAGACGCCCGCAGAAUCUUCGACGUUCUCUCCAAAGGCGGCCUUGCAAUCAUUCCCGUCAACGUCGGAUACGCUAUCUGUGCGGGCGACUCGAUCGCAUUGGAGAGAGCGUUCCAAACCAAACAGCGCAAGCCGCACAAAGGCCAUGCAAUGAUGGGAAGAUAUGCAUUACACAAGGAGAUCCACACCUUGCCACCUAGGGAAGCGGGUAUGACCAAACUCGUUCACGACCUCGACCUACCCCUCGGACUUGUAGCGCCUUUCAAACAGGACCAUCCGAUGAUUCGAAAGUUGGGCGCCGAGACGCUGGAGCGGAGCUCGAUCGAGGGAACUAUGGCGAUGCUUGUGAAUGGGGGACAGCUGCAGGACGAACUCGCGCGGUUGGCGCUGGAGGCUGGAACGCCGGUGAUGGACAUCGAGCCACAGAUUUUGGAGGCGGCGGAUAUUGUGAUCGAUUAUGGAAGGCAGAAGUAUAAUACUCCUAGGACCUCGUCGACGAUGUUCGACUUCAAGAACAUGAAGUUGUUGAGGUACGGAGCUUGCUAUGAUGUGGUCAAGGAUACGUUGAAACGGUGGUAUGGGAUUGAGCUGCCGGAGGAUCCUGGGAAAGAUGGGUUGUUCUCGGGGCAUGCUGUUGAGGCUAUGAAUAAGUAUCGACUUACUUACGAAAGCGCAAUUACCAAGAUGCGGCGCUCUUGUCCCCUGCUAAGACAAGAACCUCAUUCCACUCCGAGGUCUGGCCACGCUUCGAUCUUUCGCAAGACCCAGCCGACCAGUGGCAACGCCAUCUGGAGCCUCCCCAGACGACGGGCUCACCUCACCAAACUUGCCUUUGACAUGGCCAAGCUUCUGUGCAACCCCUCGUAG